GCCACCAUAUUCGCGCAUCUAUGGUAGCCUACUAUGAACUCGUUCUUACACACUUAGUCGUUGCGCUAUGUCCUCAUGGACAAGUUUUCCAUUCAUGUAGUUGACUGGUUCGUUGAUGUACACCAAUAGGCUACUUUCCUCCAGUUCGCUUGAGGUAGUUAUGAUAUUUUUCUGUGGGAUUAGAUUGCGACUCGAGCAAAGAGCAUCACUACCACGCAGAAGAGCACGAGCAGGGGCAAGAAGGCGGGCUUUCGAUAGCGUCAGAAGAGAAUAAAGUAGUCGACCUAAAUUCUUUUCCGUAGCGUAAUUAUCCUACUACUCCCAGAGGGUGGUGCAGUAGUCAGAAUAAAUUAAUGAAGGAGGACAAAUUAAAUUGUGCAAGGUCUCAAGGCAUAUGUUUUAAAGUCUUGCAAAACAUGAUAAAUCAACCAGCAACCGACACGAAAAGCUUAGGCGAGAAGGAACUCGAACGUUUGGAGUUGUGCGUAAAAUAUGGAAAUGUUUUACUAUCAACGUUUUAUUGAAGUCAUUAGCUGGCCACUUGCAAGGACAUGUUUUUUACAGAACAUCAUCUCUUAUAGAAGACUUAACUCAAGUCUGAUCCCAACUUGACCACCACUGGUUAUGAAAACCUGCAUCCUCGCAGUAAAUCGGCAGGAGGCAAGAUGUUUGUGGAGUCUGUUGUCCGAUGGGGGGCAUGGAGCAUCUUGCUCCAGUGUGGAUUAUUGGGCGUGUCAGCAGGGGACUUCCCCUGGCCUUGCCCUGCCAGGUGUGUGUGUCGGCUUGAGACUUUAGAAGUGAAUUGCUCUGACAAACAGCUGACUUCUGUGUCUGAGGGCUUCGCUAGUGGCACCCAGCGCAUUAACUUAUCUCGUAACAAGCUGAAGACGCUGGGUCGUCGCCAGUUCUUUGGGAUGACCCAGCUAGAGGAUCUGGACAUUAGUGACAAUGUAAUUGCCAUGAUUGAAGUGGAGGCUUUCCAGGGCCUGCAGAACCUCAAGACCCUGUGCAUUAGGAGCAACCGCCUCAAGAUCAUCUCUGUGGGGGUCUUCUCCGGACUGCCCAGCCUGCGCUUCCUGGACCUGAGUGAGAACGAGAUCCUGGUCUUUCUGGACUUUACUUUCCGUGAGUUGGUGAGCCUUCACCAGCUGGAGGCUGGGGAGAAUGACCUGGUGUUCAUCUCCCAGCGGGCCUUUACCGGCCUGCAGAACCUGCAGGAGCUCAAUCUGGACCGCAGCAACCUGACCUCCAUCCCCACCGAGGCACUGUCCCAGCUCCAGAGCCUGACUCGGCUGCGCAUGAUCCGCCUCACCAUCUCGGCGCUGCCCAACAAUGCCUUCCGCCGCCUGCAUCGGCUGCGCAGCCUCGUCAUCUCCCACUGGCCCUUGCUGGACACCCUGGCCAGCAACAGCCUGAUUGGCCUCAACCUCACCUCGCUGGUCAUCAGCAGCUGCAAUCUCAGUGCUGUCCCAUACCAGGCGCUGCGCCACCUGGUCUACCUGGGCUACCUGGACCUGUCCUAUAACCCCAUCACAGCCAUCCAGGGUAACCUGCUGGGAGACCUGUUGCGGCUGCAGGAACUGCACCUGGCUGGGGGCAACCUGCUCCGCAUCGAGCCAGGGGCCUUCAGGGGGCUGGCAUACUUCCGUCUGCUCAACGUGACAUCCAAUCAGCUCAGCACACUGGAGGACAGUGCCUUCCACUCGGUGGGGAAUCUGCAGGUCCUGCGGCUGGAUGGGAACCCCCUGGCCUGCGACUGCCGACUACUCUGGGUGGUCCGCCGGCGACAGCGCCUGAACUUUGACGGUCGCCAACCCACCUGCUCCACCCCGGACAUGGUGCGAGAGCGGGAAUUCCGGGACUUCUCAGAGAAAGAGCUCCCGAGACUGUUCACCUGCCGGCAGGCCCGCAUUGUAGACCGCAGGUCCCAGGAGGUCAGGGUGGAGGAGGGCACUACGGUGCUCUUCUCCUGCAAGGCAGACGGUGACCCAAUGCCCUCCUUUACCUGGUUGUCGGCCCAGCGGAUUCCGCUCUCCACUACGGGGCGCAUCAGGGUGUUGUCCAAUGGGACUCUAGAGGUACGCUAUGCCCAGGUUCAGGACAGCGGCACAUACCAGUGCACAGCGGGCAACGCAGCUGGCAACGACAGCCUGUACGUCAGCCUCUAUGUGAAGGGUUUCCCACGUAACCGUACCAUGCCCUUUUUCACCGACGAAGGCUGGAUAGAGUCCUCACACGCCCCUACUGCCAACUCCUCUGCACACGUGGCCAACCAGUACCCGUUUGAUGCCAAGACACUGAUCAUCGCCACCACCAUGGGCUUCCUGUCCUUCCUCAGCUCAGUGGCUAUCUGCUUCGUCUUCAUGUUCUUCUGGAGCCAGAGCAAGGGGCAAAUCAAACACACAGCAACCAUCGACUAUGUGCCCCGUACCUCAAUGGGGGUAGGAGGAGGAGGGGGGGGUGGAGGGGAUGCUGGCAAGUUCACCAUGAAGCUUAUCUAAGGUUAUGUGGGAGAGAACAUGGGACACAUUGACUAUGUCACCCCAUGAGGGUGAAGGCUCUACAGGGACACAGGGCCACGGUCUGCCUUCAGAAAGCUAGAUCCUCAGUGCACCCUUAACAUACAGAAAUUAUACAUAUCUGAUGACAUAUCAUCCUAAAUAUCUCGGAGAAGAAAAUAAUGAACAGUGGUUGUCUAGAAGCCGGUUUAUUUCAACUCUGUUGUCAAUUUUUUUAAAUGGUGUCAUUUUCUUUAUUCAAGUAUUUAUUCAACAUUACAAUUACAGUGCUACAAAUCGAAUUUGCCGUUGCAACAUGAUGAUAUUAAAUAUUAUACAUGUUCAUGUGUAUAAGGAAUGCUCUUAAAGUGUCAAGGUUCAUUUCACUCAUAUCAGGUGUGCUUGGUGGAUCUGAUAUACAGAUAUAUAGUAAGUGUGGAUAUCAUGUGUCAACUUGCCAAUACAGGUCAAGCAAGCAUUGCCCUCUGACCUGCGGAUAACUAUUUAUUCUUAUCCACAGAGGAUCCAUUCAGAGAUUGCAUACUUACAAUUUGCUUAAGGCUCUAUGAAACUAUAAUAAUAUGCAAACACAUGAUUGUAGUUGUAUAGUUAUAAUGGAUGUAUAGAAUAUUGUACUAGGCUAUAUUCAAAUACUGUAGAUAAAUCAGUUUCACUGUACAGUAACAUUUCAUGGCUCACUUUUUGACUAGCCUCUAUUUUACGAAACUUCAUGUUGUUUUGGGGACAGGAGUAUUAUAUAGCUAUCAGAACUUCAUGUUGUUUUGGGGACAGGAGUAUUAUAUAGCUAUCAGAACUUCAUGUUGUUUUGGGGACAGGAGUAUUAUAUAGCUAUCAGAACUUCAUGUUGUUUUGGGGACAGGAGUAUUAUAUAGCUAUCAGAACUUCAUGUUGUUUUGGGGACAGGAGUAUUAUAUAGCUAUCAGAACUUCAUGUUGUUUUGGGGACAGGAGUAUUAUAUAGCUAUCAGAACUUCAUGUUGUUUUGGGGACAGGAGUAUUAUAUAGCUAUCAGAACUUCAUGUUGUUUUGGGGACAGGAGUAUUAUAUAGCUAUCAGAACUUCAUGUUGUUUUGGGGACAGGAGUAUUAUAUAGCUAUCAGAACUUCAUGUUGUUUUGGGGACAGGAGUAUUAUAUAGCUAUCAGAACUUCAUGUUGUUUUGGGGACAGGAGUAUUAUAUAGCUAUCAGAACUUCAUGUUGUUUUGGGGACAGGAGUAUUAUAUAGCUAUCAGAACUUCAUGUUGUUUUGGGGACAGGAGUAUUAUAUAGCUAUCAGAACUUCAUGUUGUUUUGGGAACAGGAGUAUUAUAUAGCUAUCAGAAUAUGACAGUGUCCAGCGGGUGAUGAAAUUCUAAUCUGUACAUAAGAAUGUAUCCAAUUCCAUGUCAUAUUAUAAACAAUCUUUUAAGCUUUAAAUCCUAUUUUCAUUUUAUUUUUUAUAACAAAGUACGAUAGUUCGCACACAUCAAAUACAGAGAAUUCAAGAUCAUUUUUUCCAAUUCAUUUUUUUUUUAUAUCAGCGGAAUUUCAUACUGUAUAAUUUGGUAAGAUAUUGCAGUCAGCAACAAUGCUAAUAUAAAUGUAUAACAUUUAUGUAACCUCACACUGUUUAUUUUUACUGAAUGUUUAUCGAUCACAGGGUAUUGAAAAUAUGUGCCUGAGUAAUCUCACUCGCCAUUAAAGAAACAAUGAUGAACUGUAAUGGCGAACAGUACCUUGUGAAAUUCAAUGUCAAAUGUAGGUCGUGGACAUUUCCAUGCUCUAGGUUACUUUAUGGCUGUAUCUAGUCCUGUGGAUUAGUGUCACUCAAAUAUGCCACUCUUAUUUCAUGUACACUUGUUGUGUAGGUACACACAAACCAAAAUUCCAAAACAAUGUAAAUGAUGUACACAUCUAUAGUUAAGUCUGUUGUUUUGCUAUCUUAUUUGUAAAAUAUAAUCUUUUUGCAUUUUGAAAUGAUUAAAAACCUCUUUAACCUGC